AUGACUAUCACGAGAAGUGGCUCUGAUCCCAGCCCUAUAGCCAUCGUUGGAAUCGGGCUAAGGCUUCCCGGAGGUUGCCACGAUGCGAAAUCCUACUGGGACCUUCUAGUCAACCAGAAAGACGCACGGCGAUUGGUACCCCCCGAGCGAUUCAAUAUCGACGGCUUCCAUGGAAAGGUCCUCGGGGCCGGCAAUCUGUCCAUGAGGCAUGGGUACUUUCUCGACGAGCCCGUCGACCGCUUCGACGCAGCUUUCUUCAGCAUGUCCCAAGCCGAAGUUGCCCGCGUCGACCCCCAGCAGAGACUACUGCUCGAGGUCAUGCACGAGGCGCUUGAGAACGCAGGCGAGGUCAACUGGCGAGGCAGCGACAUUGCGGUAUAUGCGGGCAGCUUUGGCCAGGACUGGCUGCAGAUGCAAGCCCGCGACAUGCAAGAAGGAAACGUCUACGACAUCACGGGCAUGGACGACUUCGUCUUUGCCAACCGCGUGUCGUACGAGUUCGAUCUUCACGGGCCCAGUAUGACAGUCAAGGCCGGUUGCUCCUCGAGCUUGAUUGCGCUGCAUCUGGCGUGCGAGGCGCUGAACCGUGGCGACUGUUCCGGAGCACUGGUGGGAGCUUCCAACCUGCUACUCUCACCCGAGUACUUCCUUGCCCUGAACAACCUCGGCGCAUUGUCUCCCGACGGAUCAUCCCGCGCUUUCGACGCGUUCGCAAACGGCUACGCCAGAGCAGAUGCGGUCAAUGCGGUCUAUAUUAAGAGGCUAGAUGAUGCCGUGCGCGAUGGCAAUCCCGUCCGCGCCAUCAUUCGCAGCACAGCGGUCAACGCCGACGGGAAGACCGUGGGUCUGACCAAUCCCAGUACCGAGUCCCAGGCCAGCUUGAUCCGACGAGCAUAUGAAAAGGCGGGCAUCUGCAAUCCAUACGCAACUCCAAUGGUCGAAUGCCAUGGCACAGGUACAGCGACGGGAGACCCGCUAGAGGUGGCGGCUAUCGUCCAAAUCUUUGGCGACCAGCAGACAUAUAUCGGUAGUGUAAAACCAAACAUCGGUCACGGAGAGGGGGCUGCCGGCCUGAGUAGCUUGAUCAAGUCAGUUCUCUCCCUAGAACGACAUACCAUCCCGCCAAACAUCAAGUUCCAGACCCCUAAUCCUAAGAUUCCCUUCACCGAAGCCAAUCUGGUAGUACCGACGGUGGCAGUACCCUGGCCGGAAGGGCGAAAUCGCAGGAUCAGUAUCAAUUCAUUUGGCCUUGGUGGUGCGAAUGCCCACGUGAUUAUCGAAGCAGACCCUUCCGCGCGCGGGCCCAAAGAGGUUGCGCAGAUUAACGGCAAUACCGGGCCUGUCUCGUCGCAGCGGCUACUAGUGUUUUCAGCUCAUACAGAGACAUCUCUCAAAACCAUGCUGGACAAAUAUGAAGCCUUCAUCGGGUCUGAAUCCUCUCAACUAACGGAUCUAGCCUACACUCUAGGCGCAAGACGGCAUCACCGUAAGUUCAGGUCUUUUUGCGUCACUGAUGGGCUGUCAUUCCAGCCUGCAGCAACAGUUCGAAAACCUGAGAACCGCCGUCUCCUUUUCAUUUUCACCGGCCAGGGGGCACAGUGGAGUGGCAUGGGUCGCGAACUGAUUCGUGACUUUCCAUCGUUCAGGAAGGAUGUCCAGCAGAUGGAUGAAUGUCUCUCAGAGUGUCCGUUUCCACCUCCAUGGAGGAUGGAAGAGGAUAUCAACGCAGCAGAAUACGCACAACCCCUCUGCACAGCCAUACAAAUCGCCUUGGUCAACCUAUUGCGCAGCUGGAAUAUCCAUGCGGAUGGAGUUGUUGGUCAUUCCAGUGGAGAGAUUGCAGCGGCCUAUACUGCUGGCGCGCUCGCAAUGAAAGAUGCUAUUUUGAUAGCCUUCUAUCGGGGUGCUACUAGUUCCCAGCAGACGAAACCUGGCGCCAUGGCGGCUGUGGGACUGGGUAGAGAUGCGGUAUCCGGUCUGUUGAGCUUCGGGGCGACUAUCGCUUGUGAGAACAGCCGAUCGAGCGUAACCAUUUCGGGAGAUCUCAGCGCAGUAGAGGAAACACUGGAUAGAGUGCGUCACCACCGAGCAGAAGUACUAGCUCGGAAGCUCAAAAUUGAUAGGGCAUACCACUCAGAUCAUAUGAUAUCAGUUGGCUCAGUCUAUAGGGAGUUGAUUUCGACCAUCACUACCUCGCAUGAUGGCUCUCUUCCAAUCCCAUUCUUCUCCUCUGUCACAGGGGAGGAAAAUCGAGAUGCAAGUCUGCUGGGUCCAGACUACUGGAAGUCAAAUAUGGAGAACCCCGUUCUGUUCCUGUCCGCGGUGGAAUCCGCCCUCGAGAGCACGCAAGAUUUUGGAAUGGCGGUCGAGCUCGGCCCUCACUCAGCCUUAUCCGGACCCUUCCGCCAAAUAUGCAAAGACAGAGGCAAAACCAUGACAUAUGACAGCUGUCUAAGCAGAGCAAGCGAUGGCACUAGAUCGGUGUUGAGUGCCGCUGGCCGCUUGUUUUGUCAGGGGAUCAUGGUCGACUUCGCGGCCAUGAAUCCCGGGGCUACCACCAUGUCUUGCCUGCCUCCAUACCCCUGGACCCAUGACACAUCCUACUGGCAUGAGAACCGAAUCUCCCGGGAAAUCCGCACACGCGCUCACCCCGAGCAUGAGCUGCUUGGUGCACGCGUCAUUGGCGGCAACGACCUCGAGCCCAGCUGGAGAAAGAUGCUGAGUCUGAAAGAGGUGCCCUGGCUUUCCGACCAUGUGGUCGCUAGUGACGUCGUCUUUCCUGCUGCCGGAUACAUCACCAUGGCGACAGAGGCUGUGAGACAGCUUUCUUCGCAUCCGGCUUCAUUCACCAUCCGUGCAUUAUCCAUCGGAUCAGCCAUGCCUCUACAUAACGGAAAGACCACCGAGAUCAUGACCCGGCUUCAGCCCCAUAGGCUAACGGACAAUCAGGAUUCAGCCUGGUUUGAUUUCAGUGUGAUGUCGUACGAUGGAAGUAGAUGGAGCCGACACUGCAGCGGAGAGAUCCGUACCGCAGAUGCCUUGGAUUUGUCCGCCACUAAAUUGAACCCCUCCGCACCAGAAGGCAAGAGAGAAGUGGCCACCGCCAAAUGGUACCAGGCCGCCAAGUCGGUUGGUCUAGAGUACGGGCCUUUAUUUCAGGGUCUGCAAGAUAUCUUCUACGAUCUCUCUCGCGACUGUACAUCGGCCACGCUGCAAUCAACCAAGCAAUAUUACGGGUUGCUUCAUCCCACAACUAUAGACCAGCUCUUACAGUGCUGCAUUCUCGGUUCAGUCAAGGGUCAUGGAAGACUUUUGAAUCGGACGGCUCUACCUGUCUACAUCGAAGAGAUGUCUAUCCGCGCUGGUGAUAACUUGGACGACCUUCAAUGCGAUGCAUAUACCCGCUUCAGCGGCCACGACACGCUCUCGGCUCAUGGACAGAUAGGGGCCAGGGGUGGAGCCCUAGCACUUCAGGCCAAAGGGAUCCAAUUCCGCCUACUUGGUAUCCAUACCAGCACCGAAGAGGACCCGUUGAAGGAGCUUCACCUACUUGAGUGGCGACCGGACAUUGAUCUAACCAACUUAGACCAGAUGGUGCAUCAAACCCAUGAUCUGAGCAGCUGCCUCGAAGUCGUCGAGAGACUCAACAUCCUCUGUGUGCUGGAAACUGCUAGGAUACUCAAACCCAUGGACAGCUCGCAUCACCAUUUCCGAAAAUUCAAGGAGUGGAAUGAGGAAUACAUCGACAAGCUACAGCGAAACGGCAGUCGCGUCGUGAAAGGUAUCAAUCAGAUCCUUGAAAUGGUAUCGGAGGAGCGUGCCUGUGCUAUUAAAGCUCUGACGGAAGAGGCUCUGGCGACUCCAGCGCGAAACAUUGCCCUUGCCAUUGUCAGGAUAUUCAACGACGUGGAAAGCAUUUUCACUGGAUCAGUAGAGCCUCUUGCGGUACUCCUGAAGGAUAACCUGCUCAUGGAGAUUUACAACUUCUUCAACAUGCUGAACCACCGGGAUUUCUUCCAGAUCCUGGGCCACAAGAACAGAGGAACCUUGCGAGUGGUGGAGAUUGGAGCCGGGACAGGAGGCUUCACUUCCACCAUACUACCAGCCUUGAUGGACUCUGACGGCGGCUGUCUGUUCAGUACUUAUACCUACACCGACAUAUCCUCGGGCUUCUUCAAGGCUGCGAAGGAGCGCUUUGGGAAGUACGCUGGCAUUGAGUACACCGUUUUGGAUAUAAGCAAAGAUCCUGCCUCACAGGGCUUGGAACUUGGCAGCUAUGAUCUUGUCGUUGCCGCAAACGUUCUUCAUGCCACCCCAGACCUUGUCCAAACAAUGACAAAUUGUCGUUCUCUCCUACGACCAGGUGGUCGACUUUUCAUGUUGGAAUUAUGCACUGAGGCGAAAUGGGUUAACUAUAUCAUGGGUACACUCCCUGGUUGGUGGCUUGGAGAAGCAGACGGUCGUCCAAACGAGCCGUAUAUACAUGGUGGACAAUGGGAUGUCAUACUGCAAAAAGCCGGAUUUCGGAAUAUGACAGCUAUAAUGGAUCAGAAGCCCCCAUAUCAGCUUGACAACAUCAUUGUCGCCACUGUAGAUGACGACGUUGCGACACCAUCCAAGGCGCUCAGUCUCCUAGUUAGAGAUUCAAACCAGCCGUCAGCUAUUUCCAACGCAUUCUUGUCGGAGUUCCGCCGAGCAGGUUACGACGUCUCCCUGUGUUCGCUGCGGGAACCCCCGAUCUCCCCUGUCGACACUGUAUCGCUUCUCGACAUCGACGGGCCUCGAACAUUCUUCGAGGACUUGGAUGAGAAAGGCCUCCGCGGACUCAUUCGGUUCAUCACACACGCCCGCGGACAGCAGAUACUAUGGCUCACAGGCCUGGCACAGGUAUCGACAGAGAACCCACACCAUGCCAUGGUGCUGGGGCUUGCCCGCACGCUUCGCCUGGAGCUGGAUUCGCACUUCGCGACCAUGGAACUCGACAUUGGCGCCGACCUGGCUCCCUUUGGCACGGUAGUGAAGGUUUUUGACCAGAUUCAGAGGCAGUCGAAGCGGGACGUGGCGGACUGCGAAUACGCCCUGGUCAACGGCACGGUACAAGUGCCACGGUACGUGACUCGCACAGCCGGCCAAAUCGUGACCAUGCCCGACGCCCGGGUCUUUCGAAAGCUCCACGUCGGAAAGCCGGGCAUACUUGCUAGUCUCCAAUGGCAGGAAGGAUUGCGGGACUCCCACUUGAGAGAAGGAGAGGUGGAGAUCAACGUCCGCUCUUCCGCGGUAACCCAUCAGGAUGUCCUGCUCGCGUCUGGGGCUGCGCAUGGCGAGCAGGGUCUGGGCUUUGAGUGUGCCGGCAUUGUCUCCCGUAUCAGUACUAAUACUAGUACUAGUACUAGCAGCACUGACCUUCAGGUGGGCGAUCGUGUGCUCUGCUGGUCAUUAGGCUCAUUGGCGACCCACGUACGUGUCGAUUCCAUGUGCUGCAUCAAAUUGCCUGACAGCUUAUCCUUCAAUGACGCGGUUACGAUGCCAACUGCGUAUGCUACCAUGACCAGGGGACUAUUGGAUAUCAAUUCACUAGCCACUGGGGACACAGUCCUUAUUAAUUCCGUUUCCAGCCCCAUGGGGCUUGCCGGUAUCCAGAUUGCUCGAAUGCAAGGGGCAGAGAUCUUUGUGACUGCUAGAACCGAGGCCGAGAGGGAAUUUCUCGUAACUGAGCAAGGUGUUCAGACAAGCCAUGUCUUCUCAUCUUCGGAUAACUCUUUUGUUGCAGGUAUCAUGCAAGCUACAAGAUCACGCGGCGUAGACGUUGUCGUCAACCUCCUAUCAGGAGAUUUGUUGCACGAGAGCUGGAAGUGUGUAGCAGCAGGAGGCAAUAUGAUUGAGCUCUCAGGCAGAGACAUCACUGGGCACGGCAGACUAGACAUGACUAUGUUUGGGGGAAACCGUGGAUUCCACGGAAUCGACAUACCCACGCUGAUUACCCAAAAGCCAUCAUUAGCUCCCAGGUUUCUGAAAGCCACGAUGGACUUAUACACAGGCGGGUCGAUCAAGCCAAUUAGCCCAAUCAAACUAUAUACGCCAAGCAACAUCAAGCAAGCAUUCCACCAACUCCAUGCCGACGGCGGGCCGAUUGGUUCUGUGGUUCUAGAGUUCCCUGACGACACACAGAGUCUGCCAGCUGAAUCGUACAGCGACGAGAUUCAGUUUCGAAAGGACCGAUCCUACGUCUUGAUUGGAGGCUUGGGCGGCCUGGGCAGAUCGGCCGCCGUUUGGCUCGCUGAAAGGGGGGCCGGCUGCAUCAUCUUCAUGUCGCGCUCGGCUUCCGCCGGUGCCGAGAGCCGGUCUCUGGUACACGAGCUGAAGGCAUUGGGCUGCGAGACUCAGAUUGCGAUUGGGAGCGUGACAGAUGUGACAGCGGUGGACAGACUGGUAGCGAAUGCAGCAAAACCAGUAGCCGGAGUGCUGCAUCUAGCCCUGGUCCUCAAGGACGAAGCGCUGCUUGACAUGACGUUUGACAGUUGGCGAGGCGCGACCGAGGCCAAGGUGCAGGGAACCUGGAACUUGCAUCGCGCCCUAGAGGGUCAGCCGUUGGAAUUCUUCGUCCUAGCCAGUUCCAUCUACGGUAUCCAGGGCAACCCGAACCAGGCCAACUACGCGGCAGCCAGCACGUUCCUCGACGCCUUCGUGCAGUUCCGACAGGGACUGGGUCUGCCGGCUUCGGUUAUCGACCUGGGAGUCAUGGAGGACGUCGGUUACGUCAGCCAGCGCCCGGCCAUUUUGGAGAGCCUCAGACGCGCAGGAGCCCAGCUCCUGUGCGAGAACGACUUCCUGAGGUCUUUGCAGUUGGGAAUCCGUGCCUCCUCUGCGCCGGCACCUCUACUCCCGACGGACCUGUCCUCGGCCUAUGUUAACCGGGCGCAGUUUGUCGUUGGACUAGGGCAGCACCCUCCGGAUGCUCGGGGUCUGGGGUUGAAGAGGGUGAAGGACAGCCAUCAAGGUCCGGGGAAACGUGCCACCACACAAUUGAAAGACAGUACGGAAGAGGACGGCGACGUGCUGCGACGGUUUCUGGAGGGCGCGAAGCGCGAUCCGAGCUCGUUGAACGACGAACUGGGGGUCACGCAAUUCCUGGCGGCGCAAGUGGCCGAGUGCCUGAAGGGAUUGUUGAUCUUCGGCGACAACUCGAGCCUGGACCUUGGGCUCGGUCUAGCGGAUCUGGGCGUCGAUUCGCUCGUUGCCAUUGAGUUGCAGAGCUGGUGGAUCGAAAGCUUCGGCACGCACAUUUCCAUCCUAGAAUUGACCAAGAGCGCCUCCAUCACAGACUUGGGUAAGCUAGCCAGAUGUCGGCUGCUAGAAAUUUUCCAUGAACAUUAAACUACAAAAUAGAGAUGGUUCAGUUUGAUUAUGCCUUGGCUUGUGUGGUAGUCAUCCCAGCCCUUGCAUCUGUGUCAGGAACAUGACCAAUCACCUGACUCUUGGCGUAAUCUGGAGUAU